AUGAUGACAAUGUUUGGUACUCUUGUACAGAGGUUGACCUCUCCGGUUACCUCGCCUACAAGCUCACGUCGCAGAUUAAAGUCACCCUCUCGGUGGGAGAUACAAAGUGAUCCUGAAGAUGAUUGUACAAGUGUACCAACUAUUAGAAAAUCUCGCGCCAAACAUUUGUUGGACAAACGUAAAAGUAAAAGUCGUGCCCGUGGUUUAAAUGUUGGUGAACCUAUGAUAUGUACCAAUACACAGAAUGUUGCUGGCUGGUGUGAUGUUAAUUCGAUUGCUGGGGGAUUCCCAUUAAGAGGAACCAAAAGCUUAGGUCGACUGGAUGGCUUCAAAGAAAAUAAUUAUGAUGGGACAGGAGUUAUAUGCCAGCCAUCUUUUAAGCUUGAUUCGACGUAUAGUAUCCCAACCCAAACCAGACCAGCCCAGCCUGAUCUGAGAAGGGAUCGGAUCAUUGUCCGCAUCGGCUCAAAUUGCAACGGAUCUUCCUCAGUUUAUCUCCUUCAAACUCGUUUGGCACAACUCUUCUUAACUCUUUUAAUGUUCUCAAGAACAUACAUUUUUCCGAUGAAUAAUUUAGCCCCUGACUCAAAUCUGUCGAAUUCAUCAAUACUAAUCAUUUCUAAUAAAUUUCAAAAAUUAACGACAAAC